AUGGCGGAUUUUUCCAGCAAUGACUUCCACGGUGCAAUUUCAACGUCAUUCUUCCAACAAGCUUGGAAUUUGACUAGUUUCAAUGUUAGCAACAACACCUUUUCUGGUUCGAUCCCAUCCUCUAUUUGUCUUCGUUUUUCUUCCUUGUUACGACGAUUGGAUUUUUCCUUCAAUAAUUUCAAUGGUAGUAUUCCUCGUGGACUCGGGAAGUGUUCCAAACUGCAAAUUUUUCGUGCUGGUUACAAUUACCUCUCAGGAUUACUUCCAGAAGAAAUCUAUAGUGCUACUGCACUUGAAGACAUUUCACUAGCUCGGAAUUCAUUAUCUGGAGCCAUUAAUGAUGAAAUUGUCAACCUAACUAACCUCACAAUCCUUGACCUCUACUAUAACAAAUUUACUGCCAUCCUCCCUCUCCAUAUUGGGAAGCUCUCCAAGUUAAAAGACAUACUCUUAGAUUUCAACUUUCUUGAAAGUUCAUUUCCCCUAUCUUUGAUGAAUUGCACGAACCUUGUAGAACUUCGUAUGGGAUCCAACAACUUUGAAGGCGAUAUUUCCAUGCUCAAUUUCUCCAGGCUUGGUCAACUUAGUAAACUUGACAUGCGAAAAAAUAACUUCUCUGGUAUCUUGCCAAGAAGCCUAUACUCAUGCAAGUCCUUGAAAGCAAUUCGACUGAGCUAUAAUAAUCUAGAGGUUCAAAUACACCCUGAAAUUCUUUCCUUGAAAUACUUGUCCUUCCUCUCACUUGGUUGGAACAAACGUUUGACCAAUGUGAUAGGGGCAAUGAAGAUACUGAUGGGUUGCAAACGUCUCGUAGUCCUUUCCUUGGCAUCUAGUUUUUUAGGUGACAAACUGCCGAAUGAUGUUGAAAUGGUGGAUUUUAAUGGAUUUCAAAAUCUUCGAGUUUUAGAUUUGAGUUCAUGUAACCUUGGUGGUAAAAUUCCUUCAUGGCUAUAG